AUGAACUAUUCAGACCUCCAAUCAUUCAGGCGACUCGGCCUCGAGUACGGCUUUGUUUAUCACAAAGCCUUCCACUGGCCAACCAACCAAGUUUACGUUCUCGAAAGCUUUAUAAGCGAAUGCAUAUCCGGCAACGGCCCUGAAAUCCGCCAACAGAUCGAGAUCUUCCGCCACGUGGACCGCCCCAAUGUGAUGAAAUUCGUCGACAGCUUCGAUCUUGGCUACGAUCAUAUUGAACUCCUCUUAGAGUUCUUCGAUGGUAAGCCGCUUGACCAAUCUUGUAUUACCGACAAACAGAUACUUUCCAAAAUGGCGAAACAAAACUUAAGAGGGCUUUCUUAUUUACAUAAAUGUCGCAUUGCUCAUAAGGGUAUUAAGCCUUUGAGUUUGUUUAUGGAUUCAAGACACAAGGUGAAGAUUACAGACUUUGUUGCGAGUAAUAUCGAAGGAAGUGUAGCUUAUAUGAGUCUCGAUUACCUUUUUGGGAAGUGGAGACUUAACGAUGAUUUGAUUGAUGAGUGUAGUGGAGAUGUAUGGGGUUUUGGUAUAACUAUGUUGGCGAUUUAUAUGGGAAAGCUUUCACAUUCUUUGAAGGAAAGGGAUUGGGCAAGUUUGAUGUUGGCAAUUUUAAAGUCACCGCCACCGGAGGCAUCGCUUACGGCGUCCGGGGAGUUUAGGGAUUUCAUUGGUUGUUGUUUGCAGAAGGAAGCCACUAGGAGGUGGCGGCGGAACAGUUGUUGCAGCAUCCGUUUAUACUGA